GGGAGGGCUUAAGAGUCACACCUCUAUGGUUUUAGGUGUCUUUAGGUUGUCUAACACUAUAAAAGCCACAUUGCACAACAACUUUUGUGACACCUGCUCAGGUACCAGCUAAGGACUGAUCAACUGUUUGAACCUCCUCCAGACAACAUGAAUCUUUACCUUUGUCUCCCUCUGCUGGUUGUGCUCCUGCAGCCUGUUCUGUGUCUCUACAACUGCUCUUCUAAGUAUGAGAGGACCCCAGACAAUUCAGACCUGACAGUUGACUGCGGUACCAGUACGAUCACCCUGGAAAUCAACCUGUGCACGGCUCAGUGGGCAGGCUUCAACAUCACAGACCUGUCUCUGAACGGGAACCACAACACUAUGGAGUGCCAGGGCUCUAUUGACACCAGUGUGAAUCCUCCAGUCAUCCGUUACCAGCUUCCUGUUAACGACAGUCAGGAUAACCCCUGUCGGCAGUCUCUGCAGAUUGUGGAUGAGGCCCCGGACCCCAGAGGUCCCUUCAGCAGCUUCUUAAGUAUCCAGUCAGUUAUCAUCACAGGGUACAUUGACACACCCAGAUCUGACCAGGGGUUGAUCAGCUACUCCACAGACCUCUACUAUCACUUCUCCUGCCGCUACCCGCUGGAGUACCUGAUCAACAACACACAGAUUGUGGCCUCCUCAGUUUCAGUGUCGACCAGUGAUAAUAAUGGAACCUUCAUUGAUACACUGAAAAUGAGUGUUUUUAAUGACACUGACUAUGCCUACCCGUUAGUGGUACCUUCAACAGGACUUGAGCUACGAACCAGAGUCUAUGUGGAGGUCAAGGCUGUUAACCUCACAGGAAAUUUCCAUGUACUGCUGGAUCACUGCUUUGGUACUCCCACUCCUUACAACAUGUCACAGAGUGAGCAGCACAACUUCUUCACCGGCUGUUCAUUGGACAAAAGGACAUCGGUGACAAGCAAUGGCCUUUCCAAGGUUGCCCGAUUUAACUUUGAGGCCUUCCGCUUCAUUCAGCACCGUGACCAGGCAAAGUCCAGCAUCUAUCUGCACUGCAUACUGAGACUCUGUGAGCCAAGCAAAUGUCAAGAGCUGCUGUCUGCCUGUAAUAACAGAAGAAAAAGAUCUUUGACUCCUUUUGGAGAAGAAAGCAGUGAUUCUGCCACUGUUUCAGUUGGACCUCUUUACACAGCCAGAGAAGACAGGCCAAAUGCAGCUGCCUACAGUAAUGAAGUGGCAUCUGAGAGGGAUGAUGUGAACGUGACGGGCCUGGUAGUGGGGGUGGUGUUUGGCUCGGCUGCUGCAGUCUUGCUGGUUCUGGGUGGCUGGUUCGUUCUGAAGAAGUUUUAUUGGGCAGGAGGAUUACCUCAUGCCUUUGAUUGACAUAUCAACUGGCCUCAUACCAUAUUGUAAUUGUAUGUUUAUUGUGAGAACAUAAAAUCUAAUAAUGUUGUGAUUUCUUUUCAGUAAUAAUCAAAUGUUGACCAUGGAAACCAAGCAAAUACGCUGGUAUCUUAUAUAACCUUUUCUUUCUAUACUUACUGCAUCUGUAUUCAGCAGUCAUUUAUCGGUUAUGAAGGAACAGU